UAUCGAUACGUUAUAAUCAGUGCACCGCUGAUUCGUUUUGCCUCACUUGCCUGUUCGCGUGAUAUUUGACUUAUUUUGUGUUAUCCGAAUUUCAACGGAAACGGUGUUUUAUAUCUUAAUAUUCUCGUUAUACACCACUCUCCUUACGGUAUAUAAAGCCGUUUAUUGCAACCUGUAACUCCUUGUCGUUUUCCGAAAUAUGUCGCAGCUACACUUGUCCCACCACCACCACAUCACACAUAAUCACUCAGACAUCAAGAUGGAGCCGAUGUCACCGGAAGCCGACAUCGUCAAAUCAGCAGCGAGCAACGUUUCCGCGACAACAACGAAGUCAACAUCAGCGGUCAAGCCCAAACGCUACAGCCGGCCGCGCGGCCGUUGUCGCAGCCCGACCUUUGUGCAGAAACUAAAGAAAACCCGCCGUCUGAAAGCCAAUGAUCGCGAACGCAACCGGAUGCACAGCCUGAACAACGCCCUGGAGCGUCUGCGUCUCAUCCUACCACAGAAUCCCGAUGAGUCGAAAUUAACCAAAAUUGAGACACUGCGCUUGUCCAUCACAUACAUUGAAAAGUUAACGCAAGUGCUGAAAGCAUCGCCGGGUAAGGAUGCCGGCGAUCAGGAUAUGUCGUAUUCUGCGUAUAAUACGGAACCCCAUCAUAGUGUUUACCCGGCGGAGGAAAAAGCUCUGGACGUGCCGCAUAAUUUCUACCCUGAGAACCUGGAAUCGCUUUUGUCGGGAAUGUAUCCGUGGCCCACUUCCGACUGCAGCCCCAACACAUCGUGGUGCAGCAAUGAAUCCAGUGAAGAUAGUGCAAUGUACAAUGCCGGUUCGAAUUUUCAGUUUGACAACAGUGCUAAUGUCCAAAAUGGAUUAAACUGUUUUCAGUUUAUGUAACUAUUUUAUAGGUUUAUUGUUUACUGUUCUUUCUUUGUGGUUUACCUUUCCAGUACAAACUGCAGCGCUUGUUUACAUAAGCAACGUUUCGAAGCAAUUAGCUGUGUAAAUCCGGUUCA